AUGAGCACCACCGAUGUGACCUGCGAGAGCGCCGAGCAAGCUUCAGCACCACCGCAUUCAGAAGCCACUCCGUCAGACACGAGGGAGGGUCUUUCAAAAGCUCGACACAUGAUCCUCGUAGCGAGCAUGUUCCUCACUCUCUUUCUCCCCGCGUUGGACCAGACAAUCGUCUCGACUGCCCUCCCGCGGAUACUGUCGAGCCUCUCGGCGGCUGGAGGCAAUGACUCUGACGCGGGCUACACUUGGAUCGGCUCGGCAUACGCUCUUGCGCAAGCCGUUGUGCUCCCGGUGUUUGGCCAGGUCUCGGAGGUUGUCGGACGCAAGUGGACGUUCUUGACGGCCAUUGCGAUCUUCACGAUAGGCAGUGCGCUUUGUGGCGCUUCACAGAAUGUAUCAAUGCUCAUUGCCUCGCGAACGGUACAAGGAGUGGGUGCUGGAGGCGUGACAAGCUUGGUUUUCAUUCUGAUCGGCGACUUGGUCGGAACAAGGUUAAUAGCAUGUCUGCUACUCGCUAGGAAAAGAGGCAAGUAUCAAGGGUUCAUAGGGGCUACCUGGGCGGUGGCCUCCGCCUUGGGUCCAGUCCUUGGGGGUGCUUUCGCCGAGAAGGCAAACUGGAGAUGGUGUUUCUUUGUUAACCUCCCAAUCUGCGCCUUGUGCAUGGCCGUCAUCAUCAUCUUCCUCCAGAUCUCUCGGCCUUCCAUAACACUGCGUUCCGCGGCCAAGCAACUCGACAUUUUUGGCAUCCUGAGCAUCGGCGUCUCAACCGUGCUCUUCCUCCUCGCCUUUGAGUGGGCGUCCCAAGGAGUCUCCUGGUCAUCUGCCCAAGUUCUGACGUGUCUGAUUCUGGGUAUCGUGGCAAUGGGAGUAUUCUCAUUUGUGGAGACCAAAUCCACGAAGCCAGUGAUCCCUCUUCGCUUCUUCACACAUCCGACGCGAAUCGGGUCGUAUGGCAGCACAUUUAUGCACGCAAUGGCCUAUUCCGGCCUCAACUAUUACACACCGCUCUAUUUUCAGGGCGUUCGAAUGCAGUCUGCUUCGGAGAGUGGCGUAAGCCUGCUCCCUCUUGUCCUGGCGUUCGCAAUAGUGAGCACCGGGAGUGGCUACUUCAUAACAGCCACAAAAAGAUACCAAGAACUGAUAUGGGCCGGGUUCAUUGUGGCAACAAUUGGCUGUGGACUUAUGGUUAUGUUAGACGCGAAUACAAGCACCGCAGUCACUUCAGUCAUUCUCAUAGUCACAGGUAUCGGUAUAGGCCCCAACUUCAACUCGCUCCUGAUCCCUAUCCACGCCUCGUUUGACAGUACCUCAAAGAACUCAGACAUAGCUCUAUCAGCCGGCGCCUAUGCCUUCAUUAGGGCUAUUGGCUCGAGCCUAGGUAUCAGCAUCAGCGGGUUGAUCUGUUUUGAGAAGUUGCGACGGCUCGGAAUAGGUGGACAAGACAACAUCAGCCUAACUCGAGCUAUUGAGUCGUUGCACACCAUGUCAGAGUCUUCCAAGCAACAAGCCGUGCUCGGAUUUACAGACGCAAUGAAAGACAUGUUCAUCGAGGUGACUGUCGUCAUGGGAGUGGGCAUGCUGCUCAGUUUCCUUAUCAGGAGACAUCAGCUAGGUGACAAAGUGAGGUCAGAUCACCGUAUUGGAGCAAAGAAGGCGCUCAAAGUGGAAACUCAGGAGGCGUAG